GUGAUGAGCAAAUUAAGACCGGUUUGUCAGCUUUUUGUCCCUAAUAUAAGGGCUGUCCUCCUGACCCCUUUAGUAACAGGCUUCAUUAUUUAGUGAAAGCCCCUUGUGACGCCUCGCCAGGUCCUGCGCGCCCACCCCAUACAGGUGAAGAUAACUGUCUGAAAACAUGGAUGAUUAUAUCAGAGUCAUCGACUUUUCCGCCUACAGUCUGGGCACCGAGAACAUCGCAGAGGCUGAUUUGGAAGCCCUGACCCAAGAGCUGAUGCACUCCUUCACAACCUCCGGCUUCGCGUACCUGAAAAACACAGGCAUUACACAACAGGAGGUUGAUGAGAUGUUUGACGUGAACGACAGGUUUUACGACCUGCCCGCGGAGAUCAAAGAGAAGUACGCCCGGGCUCAGGACACCAGCCGGGAGCGGCAUGGCUGGGCAUGCAUCGAACGAGAAAGCCUGAGUGGUCUCUCAGGGGUGGACCGGCCGGGCGACCUCAAGGAGUACUACGGCAUCAAAAUCCCAAUCACCGAUGACGAGUCUUGGCCAUUUGAAGUCCCGGAGUUUGAGGAGACAUGUCUCAACUUCUACGCCGCGUGCAAGACCCUCACUUUCCGGAUGCUGGAACUGAUAGCCAGGGGCUUAGGCAUCGAGGUUGCCGGCUUCCUGGACAUGUUCAAGCACAUGGGGACAGGCCCGAACGGCACCAACCUGCGCUCGCUGCGCUACCCGCCUGUGCCGGACGUCGUCAAGAAGAACCAGCUCCGGUGUGCGGAACACACGGACCUGGGCUGCAUCACGCUGCUGUUCCAGGACAAACCCGGGCUGGAGGUGUCCACCGGGGACGAUUUUGUCUCGGCCCCGCCUAUCCCGGGGACUGUGGUGGUGAACAUCGGAGACAUGUUACAGCGGUGGACGGCGGACAAGCUGGUGUCCACUAUACACCGCGUGAUGAUCCCUGAGACGGCGGAGGGCCGGGGCGAGGGCCGCCGCUCCAUCGCCUUCUUCGCCCACGCCGACUCCGACGUGCAGCUGAAGUGUCUGGACGGCUCCGACAAGUACGAGCCGAUGAUCGCUCGCGACUACGUGAAGCAGAAGCUUAAUACGACCUAUCUUUAAGGGCUACUGUCUGGUAGUUUCUACCAGACUCCUUUGCAGGCCGAAUAAAUGGUAGAAAUCGGCGUAAAAAGUGAAUUAAAUUGGCCAGAUGAGUUGGACGACCAGAGACGGCCCAUUUGCCUGCCCUUGCAAAUGGAGCUUCUCUGGGCGGCCAACUCCUCUGGCCAAUUAUAUCCCCUUUUUACGCCGAUUUCUACUAUUUAUUCAGCCUGCAAAGGAGUCUGGUGGAGACUAAUGGUCUGGGUUAAGCGUUAAGCCUUGGUCACAUACGUUGGAGGGUUUUCUACCACGAUCA